AUGGCCCAACUUGCAGUUGAAUGGGCAAAGGGUGUAAAGUUCGAUUGGAUCAUGGAUCGGUCACGACUAGGUACCAGAGCCAUGUCCCCGGGGACGCAAGGACCGCCCGGACAAGCUACACAAGGAGGAUCUGGAGGCGGAUCCCGUGCUUCAGAUCUAGGUUCCUUCCACCCGGAUCUUGAAGAAUCUUAUGGCACCGGAGACAUUAUCUUCCCAAGCAAGGAAACGAUAUACCGUGAAGUUUGCUCCUUCUGGCGCCGAGUCGAGGAUUAUGCUAUUCUCAAGGGCGGUGGGAAUAUGCGUACCAACGAUGCCGGGACGGCUGCUAGCAGCCGUAAGAAGGCCGCAAAUCCCUUUGCCCCUUUUCAGACUCGCGGAGCUCGUUUCUUCUGUGCCCCUGGCGGUCUCGUCUCGGAGCUGACAACGGAGGGAAAUGCGGUGUGA